AUGUUUUUAUACAGUGUUAAGUAUUGGCCAGAUGUGAAUAACUAUAUAAAUGCAAAUAUAACAAUAAAAAGAAUACCAAAGAUAUCAGAAAUAGAAGUAAAUUUGACGGUAUACGAUACGACUGAUAUAAAUGAGACGACUGAUUUAAACGAUUUUACUGAUAUAACAACAGAGUAUUAUGGUAACGAUUACUUUUCAUUAGACGAAGUAGAAAAUAGAAGAAGAAGACGUGUAGAACAGGAUAUAGAUUAUAGUGAUAUACCAACGAAAGAAGAUAUCGAUGAUUAUAUUUUCGAAGUUCAGCCAGAGAGAGAUUUGGUCAAAGAUCUGGCGCAAGAAAAUGAAUUGACUGCCAAAGAAACAGAUGAUGUUGAAAUCUUACCAGGAAUAUUUUAUGGAAAAGAAUAUUUAGAACUUGUAAACACAGAAGUUAGUGACGUCGAUGUUCCAGAUUUCGAGAAUGUUAAUUUAGAAUCAGAGAGUGUUGAUGCAAUUUUGAAAUUCAUAUCUAAUUUAUUUGAAGAAUUCGUUGCUGAUUUUGAUUUGAGUUCACAGUUCAACGUCGUUCGUAAUAAUAGUAAUAAAACAACAAUAUUUAUUAAAACCUUUGAAACUGAUAAAUUAAACGAAACCUUUGAGAAUGCCAUAGAAAAUAAGAAAAAUGUUAAUGUAACAUAUUUAAAUACAACGAAUAAAUCAAAGGAUGCCGAAGUGAAUACUGAGUUACCAACUAAAGAACAUUUUGGAGCUACUAUAAUGAGCGGAAAAAAUGAAACAAAAAAAUUAAGAGUGGAAACUCUCCACAAUCCGGUUUUAGAUGUAAAUGAAUUGUCAAAAAAAGUGAAGGAAAACGAGAUUUUGGACACAGAUUCGAUAGAUUACGAUUUAAUUGAUAAUAGUACUGAUUAUCCAAUAAUUGAUUACAUAGAUCUAUACAAGGAUACUACUAAUGAAGAUGUAAAUAUGAAAACUACUGUUUUGACAUAUCCAUUAGAUGAUACCGUUGGUAUACAAAUAACUACACUUAACACUUAUAUAAAUGAGGAAAGAUACAAUAAAGUUUACACUGAAGAUUGCACUAAUUCUACUGAUAUCGAAAAAAAUAUAUUUCCAUUUGUUACGGCGAUAUUUAUUAAAAACGAAACAAGUAAUCAGUUUGAUUACUACUGCGAUGGAGCGUUAUUAUCAGAAACAAUUAUAAUAACAGCUGCAAGUUGUAUUCAGAAACCUAACGCAACAGCAGACGACAUUCUAGUUAUAUUAGGAAAGAGAUCUCUUCGUGAAAUGACAAACAAUGAAAUGAUUUCCAAGAUAAAAGAAGUCCAUAUACACGACAAUUUCACUGGUUCAAAUCACGACGUAGCAAUCAUUGAAAUGGCAGAACCGGCGACAUUAAGUGAUCGCAUCCAACUCGUACGUCUCAGCGGGGAUCGCGGCAAAUCUGCAACAACCGGCUGGGCUAUUUCUGGUACUCUGACGCUAAUACCUUUUGAAGACGAACCUACAGGCUGUAACGAAACAUUACCUGAAAAUACAUUUUGUGCUGUCUACGGAAAUGAUGUCAGCGUUUGUCCAAGUUACGGAGGUCUGUAUGCUACCAGAGGAAUAGAGGGAUGGUUUCUUCGAGGUAUACGUAGUGGCGAUCCUACUAAUAAAGUAACCAUAGUUCUCAUGGUGGUACUCAGUUGUAUAUACCGACGUCCUGUGAUACAUCUCUUCUUUCAUAGAUGUUGUGGUGAUGAUAUUGAGAAUGAUCAAGUGAUAUUUGAGAAUUUUGGUAAUAACUUCCUAAGGGAACGGCUUAUCGGUGCUGAGAUUGUUGAAGUAGAUAAUGCAACGUUAUACGAUGAUGAAGUUGAUGAUUUAUCGAAUAAAGAAUUCAUUACAAAUGUACAUGAUCCAGUACAAAGAUUGGAAUAUAUAGAGAAAGUUGAGAAUGAUCGAUUAAAAGAAGAUAUUGAAGCAAAAGAAUUUGAAAACAUAGACAAGCUACUACAGAAUUAA